GGCUCCGGUCUCCAGAAAGAGAAGGUUUCUGCUUUGAGGACCAACAUGGGGAAUCAGUGCUGCUGUAAAGGAGGCUGCAACUGGCCGUCACCGUUUAAGAGGAAAAACGUAAAGACAGGUACAAGAAUCAAUAAGCCGAGUCUGCAGCAUCCAGAGAGCAAGCAGGGAUUUGAUGUUGCACCGGUUUAUGAUGAUGUGUCAGAAUUCCCUGUCUACGCCACCGUGAGCAAACCCAAGUGCAUCAAGCGAGAUGAGAGCAAUGUGCAUUACGCAGACAUCCAGGUCUUUAGCAAAAUCCGGGAGCGUUCAGCCGAGGAGGUGAAGAGCCUGCAGUCCCAGAAUGCCACAGAGUACGCCACGCUCAAUUUUCCCCGGGCCCCACUAAAAUACGACAGCAAGAACGGGACGCUGGUGUAAGAGCAGAUGACCCAUUCAUCAUUCCUUGGCAAUGGAAAUAUUUCCUGACUGAAGGUCUGUGGAUUUUGCGCCAGGGCUCCAGCCUACACACGCUUAGAGAACCUUCCUCUUUUGGCUGCAUGUCUCCUGGAGAUGUGGCUGCAGCACAGGCAAAACAUUUCUCUUGGGUGCACCAAGAAAAUUAGCCUUUGGGACGAGAUGGCAAAGGGAGGUUUCUCCUGGAUGGCCUUUUAUGAGGUGAACACCCCCAAACCUGGGUGAGAAUCAAGUUGUGAGGUGGAAAAAACUGGAAACCUGAGCAGAAGAAUAUAGAUGUUUGUGAGACUUUUGUUCUUCCAGGUCAGUUCUUGGCGGAUUUCAUUACCAGAUUAACAAUAUUUGCUGCGAAAGCAAAAGCAGGCAGUACUGUGAAGGAAGCACAAAGAGAGCAAAUGAACAUUUUAAAACACACUUUUACUUUUUAAACUAAACAGCAACUAACAUAAUCUCAGAUGUGUAAGUCUGCUACAGCAGUAAACAAACAAAUAAAUAGGCUGUUACUGCAAGCUAUGGUGAAACAAGGUUAGCAAAAACCUUUUCCAUUUGAGUGGCCCUAUAUUCAGUUAUCAAAUCCCAUUUAUGUCAAGGGUUUUUUUCCUCCUUUGAGUUUGCAUUGCCAGUCUUAUGCGGGUGGGAGUGCAAGGCUUCUGUGUGGAACACAUCCGCACAAACUCAGUUCCUAGGAAAAUAAGAGUUAGAGAACGGGACUGGCAGUGUUGCCCCCUAUGGCAGAAUGGCAACAGGUUUCCUCUGAUAUCAAAAACACAUGCGAGGUAUGAAGAGUUUAAUAAGUCUGAUUUGCCAGACCACCCCAUUUCUAUGCAGUGGAGAUAUCGUAUGCAGGGCUUUUUUUCAGGGGGAACGUGGGAGAACGGAGUUCUGGCACCUCUUGAAAAUACUCAGCAAUAGAGCUUGAAAAUAAUAUGAUUUCAAAGAAUCCCAUCUGUUUCUUCCUCAUUUUCCUCUUGAGAGUUCUGCCAUCUCUUUUCCCAGAACCCCCCCCCCCGAUCUUAUGUAAGGACCACCGGCAAGUUUCCACAUCCAGAAUUACUUUCUAGCACAGGGAAGGCAAUGCAAAGCCUGUCUGGGUUCCCAUUUGUUUGCUAUGCACAAUUUUGUAAAGGGAGGCAAUAAUAAUGGGGAGAUUGGAAGGGGGCUACAAACUGCACAGAUCUGACCUCUGAUAGCCUUCAGUUAUUUUCCUCUGCCUUACUGUAUUUCCUGUAAUGAUAAUGUAAUCUAUCCAAUUUACAAUCUAAAAAUUUACAAUCUAAAAAGAAAGGUAUGAACCUCUUUUUCUGACAAUAAUUCCAAUGGGGUAGCAGCAUUAUUCUGUUGCAGCAUAAAUAAACCGAAAUCUUGUUGCACUGUGGCACCUUAAGAACCUACCCAUAAUUUAUUCCAACAUAAUAGUUUUUUUCCGCUAGAACCCACUUCUUCAAACACAAUAAGAAGAAUUUAAUCCACAAAGACUUAUGUGCGAAUACAUAUUGGUUCAGCUUAAGACCUGGUUUGUUUAUGCUGCUACACUUACGGGAAGCCCUCUGGACAGCUAACCCCAUCUUAGUCCUAGAGUUGUUAGUCUUUAUUAUGAAUAAAAUGUGAUUUCCCCCUGGGAAAAAUGCUUUGGGAUUUAGCCUAUCAAGCAACACAAAGAAGAAUGGUAUCCAAACACCCAUUCAUAUUGCUCUUGUAUAAAGUCCCUUUAUGUUGUUGCUAAUAAAUUGGUUCCUCCUUUUUUAAACACCUGGCAGAACUAGAAAGGGGCCUUUAUGAAAUCUGUUUUCCAGCCAUGUCAUUGGAUUAGAAAGAUCUCUGAUUAAACAGGCCCUGGGCUCUUUUAUAUUCUGCUCGCAAAUAAUGGCAAUAGAAAUAGCUCUAAAAUGAGCUGCUAGAAUCCAGGGUUUAUAUUUUAUCGCCAGUUGCCCAGAAGGAACUCUGAAAUUGCAGAUGGCUCUAGUAUCAGAUGCCUAAUUUUGGAGGUACAAUGUAUCUAACAGAUAAUCAAAUGAACGGCGGAGAAAGAAAUAAUAGCAACGUUGCCUCUUUAACAGAUGCUAACUAAAUAGAUACAAUGUGAACAUUUAAUGAGUUUUGAAAUAAUAUAUCUGAUUUUUUAAAAAUUUGCACUUUGUUUCAUAGAUCAUGUACACACAUAUCUUUUUGGUGUUCUAUAUGUAGUCAGGACUGGAAAGACCACGGUCUAGAGAUGUCAUAGUAUAUCAUGGCUCUCAAGGUACUUUUCUGUGGCUUGUGUACCCAAAUCUCAUGUAUGUAUCUAGUCCUCAUGGUAAAACUGGAAACAAACUCCGAAACUAGGAAGUGAACAUAUUCUGCAAUCUUGUUAUUUCUAAGCUGAUUUUACAAUUACUCAGGAUUUUGGAUAGAUGGAUGAGAAGCAACAGGUUUUUUUUAAAGUCUCCUUUGGUUGAAAGAUGCAGCUGGUGAGACAAUAUUACAUGGCAGGAUCUGAAUCCAGUGGCGCCCUAGAGACCAACAAGAUUGUCAGCUUUCACGAGUCAAAGCUUCCUUCUUCUUGGUAUCUUGUUGGUUUCUAAGGUGCCACCGGACUCAAAUCCUAUUGCUCUACUGCAGAACAAAUGGCUACCUACCUGAAAAUAUUACAUGGGUGAAAGUUAAAUGCCAGGCAAGGAAAGGAGAUGGAGAAACUGAAAUUUGAAGGGAGUAUCCCCUACUUGAAACAAAGUAUUCUACACAAUGAUAUAUAUAAGGCCUUUCAACAGUAGUGUGUCUUGUCUUGGUGAUGAAUCACAGUCACAGCUGGAGUCAACUAGCUUGCAUUGUCAUUAAAGAUUAAAAAGAAAAUACCCUGUUGCUGGAACCCUGGGAUCAAACUAUAACAGAUAAACUUGGUGCCACAUACACCUAAACUAGUGUUCCUCUUCUUGCCAGUGAUGUGUAAUUUGAGACUGCAAUUGCUGAUCACCUUCAGAAUAUUCUACUUCUUGAAGCACAUUGGAAAUUGCCCAAACAGCAUCUCAAAGGAGAUGCAAACUGUCCGGCACCUGAGAAUUAGCACCAUUCAUUUGCAAAUGAAGCGAAUUUCCUAUAAUGUAAAUGUGCAGAUAGCCUGUGGCUUGUAUCUCCGGAAAGGUAACUUUGAUGCCAGGCUGGUGGUGCCUCCCUGUACUAAACAAAUUAUAAAUUCCUUCCACGAGUUAAUUUUAGCUUUCACAAAUAAAACUGCUAGAGGGACAAACACGAUGUGCUGAAAUGACUCAUCUGCCUGUACACAAAAGUGGAUUUCAUGUUUUGCUGGCACAAAGUUCAGUGACGAAUGUAUGUCAGUGAAAUGUUUUUCUGGAACUCCAGCACGUCUUCAGCAUCGGUCUGUUCCUGCCCAGGUUUACCAGCGCAUGUGCAUUGAAUAACAAAUAGAAGUUUAGCUUUUGGGUCAUAAAAUGGACUGGCUUAUACCGGCAAAAUGUAGGAGUGGUUCCUCUGUUAAAUAUUAUAUGAAGGAAAGCUGUUCCUGUUUAUUUGCAGCAAUUGCCAAGCUGAAAGAAGCCGAGAAAUGUGUAUAGAUCUUGAGUCAUUCUUCCUCCCCCAAUGAUUUGUAUAGUGAAAAGAAUGUUACUAAGUGGAUGAUUUCUAGAAUGCAUCUAUGUGGAUGGUGUUUCUGGAAAAGAUUUCUCCUCCUUCAGUAUUUUCAUCAUAUUACGUCUGAUUGAAAAGUGCUAAUUUCUGGGCUCCAAAGUUUGGGGGCUGCUCAUUUUAUUAUUGAAAAUAAAUAUUUUUUUAUAGG